UUUUCAGGCUCACUCGCUCUCUGGAGGGGACUAGAUGUGGUGGGUGUUUCUGGCGGAAAGAUCGCGAAGGAAUAUGAUCUUCAAACGACAAUAUUUUUCAGUCCACAUCAAGGGGAAUUUGGCGUGUUUUCUGCUCGUCUAUGAAGCAUGCUUUCAUUGCGUGUGUUGCUCCGAUAAUCCCAGAUUAACUCUAAAGCAAGGUUAUACCUCUCUUUCAUACAACAGAAACUAUAGCCACACAGUCUUGUACCACGAGGAUGAAUCGAAUACUGUGAUCGCAGGAGGAAUAAAUCAUGUGUUAUAUUUUGAUGUGGACAGCCACCAAAUUGUGGAGAACUUGACUCUGGAUGCAGAAUGUGGUGAGGGCUCCUGUGAAAAUGCAGUGACAGUAAUUGAAAGAUUGGAAAACUACACAUUUGUAUGCGGGACGAAUGGAAGACAGCCACGGUGCUGGAAACUGUUUUCCAGAGGAAGCAGUCGUUUGGUUGUAGAUGGUACGGCAAUCUCACCUCAUACAAGUUCGCAAAACUCCUUGUCGCUGGUGGCAGAUGGAGAUCUCUACGCAGCAGCUCCUCUAUACAGUGAUGGAACCCUGCUGCAGUUUCGCAGGAAAGCUGGGAAACGAAUCAAUGUAUGGAUGUAUGAUCAGUGGCUCUCAGAACCCACUUUCAUUUCCAGUUUUCUGGCCCAGCGUGAGAAUGACACCUUACAUGAGAAGAUAUACAUCUUAUUCCGUGAGAAGAACUCAGACACGAGUCCAGAAGCUGAUCCGUGGAUAUCUAGAGUGGCCAGAGUGUGUAAGGUCGACGAGGGUGGUCCUAAACAGUUUCUCCAGAACAUUUGGACCUCCUUUCUCAAAGCACGACUUGUGUGCGGGAUUCCUAGAGAGUCGCUGUACUUCAACCGCCUACAGGACGUUUUCAUCCAGCAUGCUGACGACUGGAGGGAUUCCCAGGUGUAUGCGCUUUUCUCCAGCAGCUGGAACUCUACGGCUGUGUGUAUUUACUCGUUGGAGGAGCUUGACAAUGUUUUUGAGCAUUCCUCCUUCAAAGGUUCAGAGGCCAUUCCCAACCCAAGGCCAGGAACUUGUGUCAAACAAAGCAAUUCCAUUCCAAUUCCCAACCUUCAAUUCAUUAAAGACCAUCCAGAGAUGAAGAACUGGAUUCAUCCCAUUAAAAAAGAAACACCUUUCUUUACAAGUAAUAAGAACUUCACCAAGAUAGCAGUUGACCGAGUCCGAGCUUCGGAUGGCAACAUGCACAAUGUGCUUCUGCUUGCAACAGACAAUGGAGUGAUCUUUAAGAUCCUGGUGAAUAGCUCCAAUGCCUUCAUCAUCUCUGAAACGCACCUGUUGAACGGUUCGGCACCCGUACAUUCGAUGAAACUCGACUCCGUGAAGAGGAAGCUGUUUGUAGGAUAUCCUGGUCAGAUUUCUGUUUUAGACCUGCAGAGAUGUCAAGACUACAACGCUUCCUGUGAGGAAUGUGUCCUUUCCCGUGACCCAUACUGCGCUUGGACUGCACAAGGCUGCACAACACAAACUAGAGGUGGAAUACAGAAUAUUGCUAACGGAUUCACUGAUGUAUGUCGCCCAAAAUCAGGGGGAAGAUUCACAAGAGAAGUGAAGCAAUCCUCGGCAGCUCCGUUAAAGAUUUUGCACCAUUUGCACACUGGCGUUCCCUUCUAUCUUUCUUGUCCUGUCGAUUCCAAUCACGCCACUUACAAAUGGGAACAUGACCAAAAGAGCAUCCCGUGCCAGAAGACCCAGUCAGAAUGUCUCCUCCUCAUUCCAGCCAUGUCGAGCGGCAUGUAUGGCGAUUACAAAUGUACAUCUCACGAACUUGAUUACACCAAAACUGUGAGAGAAUACAACCUCUUCGAUGAAAACUCAAGAUCUGCCUUUAAUGAUGCUUUUAAGCUGAGAGCCCAGGACUGGUUAAUGGCCGCAUUUGUCGCUAGUGUCUUCUAUCUGCGCUCGCUUUAAGGUCAGGGUUGUUAUAUAAAAGUCAGUGCUUCCGUCUUCAAGCUUUUCUGAUGACCUGUAAGCUAAAUUUAACCAUCAGUCACACGUUGCCCGGUCAUUAGUCUUAUCAGACAAAGUUUAUAGGGAAGUAAUCCGUGAACUAAACAUCUAACAGACAGCUCGCAAUUAUAUGCUUGCCAUCUGUUGAGUGGCUAUUGAAGGAAUACAGCACUGUUGCUGACUCUCACGAGACAACUGCUGCUUCAAAAACACAAUUUUUUAGAUAAAUUAUUUUUGUUAGAUUUAUUUAUUAUCAGUUAUUUAUUACUAAUAAAUGAGCCUACAACAUAUUAAACUGAAAAGAGAUUUUUUUUUUCUCCAAUGAGGAGGCGGAACAUUUGGCAAAUACAUUACAACACUUAUAUUAUUGCACAGGUUGUCUGUUACCUGCGAGCAGGCAGAAUGUCAAUCAGUGUACUGGAGAAUACAUCAAACAUAAAUAAAGAAACAAGGUUGCUUGUCACAUUUUCCUAACAAGCAACCAUAUUUUUUACGUAAGCCAAAAAAAAUGUAACCCGCAACCAGGGAAUUUUUUUCACCCAACUUUACACAAAAAAGGCCAAAGUUGUGUAUAAUUUGCAGACUUGGCAACUGUGGUCCAAAGCCGUAGACCACAAUGACAAUUUGGAAGUUUAUCUUUAGAACAGGAAAUAUUCUGUUUGGGGAUUUAGAAUUGUUUUAAUUAACAGAAGCUUGCUUUUACAGUUCUUGGAAGGUGGGCGGGGGAGCCCUAUAGUCCGAACUGAUCUCUGUAGUCUUCUGAUGUCUGAUUUUGGAGGUGAUUUUAAGCAGGCAGUUAUUGAGUCUAUGUGAGUGUCUGUCAGUUGCAGGUGCAGUCGUUGGUAUAGUGGGAGAAUAGCAACGGGGAGAGGACACGGCCCUUGGGGGCGCCAGUGCUGGCGGUGCGGUUGGUGUGGAUGUCAGUUUAUCGGAAAGCUGGUGAUCCACUGAGAGCUAGAGCUAGGGACACAGAGCUGGGUUGGAUUGGUCUGGAGGAGUGUUGGAAUAAUAGUUUUGAAGAGCUAAAGUCCACAAGCAGGAUCCUCACAGGAGUGGAGGAGAGGGGGGCUGCAGGAGCUGUUAAUAGUUGUUUGGAGGGAGUUUAGAGUAUUAGACUGGGAGUUUUAAUUCUACAAUAAAACUCAUUUAGGUCUUCAGCAAGUUGAAGUUGACUGGCUUUAGUACUAGGGGUGGUGUCUUGCAGCUGGUGAUGUCUUUCAGGCCUUACCAUACUAAUUCAUGGUUGUUUGAAGAAAAGCUUUUCAUAAUUCUUCUAAUCUCAUCUCCUUAUUAGGACCUUUUUUUUUUAUUCCAGAACUAAAAGUAGAAAGUAUCGUGGAAACUAUUUGCCAGUACCAUUUAAAGCACCGGCCUCAAACUCAAUUCCUGAAGGUCCAUGGCUCCGCAGAGUUUAGCUUCAACCCUAAUCAAGCACAUCUGAUCCAGCUAAUCAAGGUCUUUAGGAUCACAAGAAUCUUCGAAGCAGGUGUUAUUUGGGGCUGGUGGGAGCUAAACUCCGCAGUGCUGUGGCCCUCCAGGAUUGAAUUUGAGGCCGGUGAAGCUGGUGUCAUGUCUUGCGGGUUUCAUAAUAAUGGCUGUGGAAUGCAGACAUAUACGUCAAGCGAUUGAAAUAACAGAAAGAGUUAUAUAUGCACAGUGGUACUAAGAAAUGGUUCCUGCGGUGCAAAAGGCCCGAUUGUACAAGACUACAUGAAGUAAUUUAGACACUCUUAGACUUGCACUUUAAAUUGCUCCGAUUUGUGCACUAAAUGGCUUUAUGUAAUUUAAAUGGUUUGGCACUCCGUUCAAGGACUGUAGCUUGUCUGCACAGUCUCAUACAGUAUGGGAUGUUAUCCGGGGCACAAUGGUCAUGAUUUACAGUAAUUGAUGGAGUGUUUGUUUAUUGAAGAACUUCCUCACAUUAAUGUAGCCUGAUUGUUUCUUAAUGAUUAUGUCUCACACACAUGUUGCACUCGUUUACUUUUGUUAUUCUAUUUGCUAUUUACCUCCAAACCGCAUAGUGCUAAUUUUACAAGAAAGAAAAGCAGAAAGUGUUUGGGUGGCGUUAUCAUAAACAUGUUUUGUAAGUCUGUAGACUAUUUAGGGUGUGGUGGACAAGGUCACUAUCGGGAAUUCGUUGCUUUUGGCAGCUGCAAAGAGAGGCUCUGUGUUAAAAGUUGAAGCAUUGAGGUUUUUUAUUAUCCGUGUGACUAAUAUAAAUAUACAAUGGCUUCUAUAUACAAAGAAAUCUCUUUAAUUGUUCCAGCAUAUAUUUUUAACUCAUUGUUUUACCGAUAUACAGUAAAAAGGUUUGGAAGCUUUUGUGUUUGUAGAGAAUGAAGAAGGAGGGCAUUAGGCUGUAGACAGUGACAGUUUAUGAAAAUGAAGGGAAUUUUAUGUUUGACAUGUUCACUCAAAUGUAUUUCUUUAGCAAAACCACAUACAGUGCCGCACACUAAUAUUGUUAUCCUUGGUAAAUAUAAUCAAAAUUAAUCUGCAUUGUUAAUUCUUUUGAUCUACUAUUUAAAACAUUUAAUUGGACAAUGAGAAUUUUAAAUGGGGGGAUAUCAUUGUGAAAUAAAUGUUUUUCUCAAAUACAUAUUGGCACCCCUAUAAAUUCUUAUGAGUAAAAUAUCUCUGAAGUAUAUAUUUCCAUUCAUAUUCACAAAUUCAAGAACUCCAGGGUGAUUGUGAACAUGAAAUUAUGUUGCCAGUAUUUGGCUUGUAUUAAUAUUAUUAAAAGUAUUUUAUAUUUCCAUUGACAGCAUGAAAGUAUUGUCUGUAAUGGUCUCUGUAUUUUCUUAUUUCAUGUUAUUACAUUAAUUAUUAAGAGGUACAGAGAUAAAAGAGCCACAGCUGUGAACCGGCUGCUUUGUAGUCUGGUUCGUGUCAAUGUAAAAUUGAAUUCUUGAUUAUAUUAGACAAGGGACACUUUGUUGCUUUAAUGUUUUAUGAUUAAUAUUUUUGUGCACUUUCUGAAUCAUUUUGGACAGAUCCCAAUAUGUCACUUUAGAUGUGAAAUGCUCUUUAAUGAUGUUUAAUGUUACGUUGUACUUUAUAUUUAUUUUAGUGCAUUACUUGUGUAUUUCCCUUAAUAAGCAAAACUAAUACAACUAUAUUUUUAUAGCA